CGGUGUAUACUAGUAGUCUGAGCUUCGUUGUACCUGUACAAAGACUUACCUUACAGCUCUGUUCCUGUUUUUUUCUCUACAACAACAGAGUGGUGCUAAAAUAUGAAGUUGCUGGAGCUGAGCGACUCCAUCAGUCGCUUCAGGUUUUUUCAAUCCUGUGUGGGGUUUACCGGUUGCCUGUGUGUCUGCUAUGCAGUCUGGACACCGUUCUGGCUAAAGGACAGGGGACUCUGGACGGAGUGGAAUAACACUAACAGUGACCAGACAACCCAUAAAGAUAACAUUAUCUUCAACGUGCUGGAAGCAGAGAGAGUAUUCGGAGUUCUUUCCUCCCUCAUGGCUGUGAGCACCGGUGCUCUGUGUCUGGUGUUUGCCCUCUGCUGGAAAUCUGAGACUGUGCGCCUAUUCCAACACACGCUCUCUCCUCAUGGCAGGACAAGCCCUCUACCCCACCACACUGCUGCUGCUCACCCUGGCCUCCACAGGAUUCUUCUUCCUCCUCUGCUGGUCUCUUUUCACCUAUCAGCACCAUGAAGAAAUCCGUCAAGACUUGACCAGCCUCGGCUCCUCCUAUUGGCUAGGAGCUUUAGGUUGGGUGCUGCUUUUGGUCCUGCAGGUGAUAGUCUUUAUAGCUGAGCAAGCUGUUGUGCCUGACAUCUUGCCAGACUUAGAGAAGGCUGUGGAGUCGUGGCGGAUUUCCUCUCAAGUUGAGGCUGCGAAACGCUCUUUCAGUGACAGUUAUUACCCUAACAGCAAAAGAAACAUGGCUCCGAAGAGCCUUGGUUGGAGUGCCGAAAUGAGGACAUGAACGAGGAGAAGAAUGUGAAUGUGUAAGUUAAACAUUCAAGCACACGGACUUAAUGAGAAACCAGCAAUUACGUGCUGCAUUAAGCUCUAUACUGUACAACAGGACUGAAUACUGAUUAACUGUGUAUGGAGUUAAUGGUUUGCCAGAGGAAUUAAGCUUGAAUCCUGAAAGUACGUGGGACUGAAGUCUCUCUUCCCGAAGAACUGAUGGUGAUUCUCCAGUUUGUUAUCAGUAUGGACUGAAAUUAAAUUAAAACACACUAAGGACCAACAAUACUGGCUGAGAAACUUGGGCACCAAUUGCAAGAUGACAACUGUUUUCAUAUAAAGUGACAGGUUUUGCAAAGUUUUGAAUCUCAUAAAGCCUUGUCCCGGUUUGGCCCCUGGGCCAGGAACAGCUCCAGAUGUGCAGGCUUUUCUGUUGAAUUUGAGUAAACAAAACACUAACUAAAUAUUCAUGUGGUUGAUGAAUGUUAAAAUAGCACCAUCUUGUGAUGCCUACGUGACACUUUUGAUAGACCUCAACAAAAG